AAGCACCAAGCAGCAGGAAGCAGCAGGUCCUUAUUUGGAUUGAAGUCCCGGUGAGUGAUCCAGAGACUUUCACCCCGGAGUGGCUCCAGUGAACAUGCUCUCCCCGGGACUCUGCGUGUCUCUGCUGGCCGUGUGCUGCGCCCUGUGGCCGGCUGCGGUCCGGGCGGCGUCCUGCGAGUCGGUGAGGAUCCCGCUGUGCCGGUCCAUGCCGUGGAACAUGACCAAGAUGCCGAACCACCUCCACCACAGCACGCAGGACAACGCGGUGCUGGCCAUCGAGCAGUACGAGGGGCUGCUGGGAACUGGCUGCAGUCCGGACUUGCUCUUCUUCCUGUGCGCCAUGUACGCUCCCAUCUGCACCAUCGACUUCCAGCACGAACCCAUCAAACCCUGUAAAGCGGUGUGCGAGCGGGCAAAGUUAGGCUGUGAGCCGGUGAUGAAGCGUUACAACCACAGCUGGCCCGACAGCCUGGCCUGCAGCGAGCUGCCGCUGUACGACCGCGGAGUCUGCAUCUCACCUGAGGCCAUCGUCAAGGCAGAGGGACCAGAUCCAUACCACCAGGACCCAGCCAGGUGUAACCCAGAAUCCAGUCCAGACUUUCCAAUGGACUCCAACAACCUCCACUGCAGAGGACCAAUUGGAGAUCACUGUAGGUGUAAGAUAGUCAAGAUGGGUUUGAAAAACUACCAGAGGAACAACUACAACUAUGUGAUCAGAGCCCGGGUGAGGGAGGUGAGGAACCGCGGCAUGGAGCCCACGGCGGUGGUGGACGUGAAGCAGGUGCUCAAGUCUUCUCUCGUCAACAUUCCCAAGGAGACGCAGACGCUCUACUACUCUUCCUCCUGCCUGUGUCCUCCUCUGUCUCCUGGGGAGGAGUAUCUCAUUAUGGGCUACGAGAACGAGGAGACGUCCAGGUUGCUCCUGAUUGACGGCUCCAUUGCGCAAAGGUGGAAGGAAAAAAUGGGCAGGAAGAUCAAGAGAUGGGAUCAGAUCCUGCAGGGAAAAGGCCGAGCAGCUCAGCGCCGGAGUCGCCACUGAGAUCUGACUGUGUGUUUGUGUGUGUGUGUGUGUGUGUAGAUAUUGCACUAUAACAGGCUGUUGUAGCUGAAUGUAGUUCAUCUCUUCAUCUAUCAGACUUUGGAGUCAGAUUUUUGUCUUUUAAUUUCUUUGCACAAACAUUAAUUGGUAUGUGUGUGUGUGUGUGUUUGUGUGUGUGUGUACACCUAAAGCACUCAAAGACAAGAGGGGUGGGUGGAGCUUCAAAGCUGUCGUACUAAACCCUACGCAAAGUCAUACAUUAUGUACAUGACACUUUUUUUUCAAAUUUAUUUUCCAUGUUGGCCACACAGUCCCUCUCCAUAGUCACACUUUUUAGAUGUUGGCCGUGUUACCAUGGCGAUGUGACGGAGGACAAUAAAAGCCAUUUGGAACUGGACAUUUUGGACUAUGAUAGAUCUGUAACCGUGACCUUAACAUUAGUGAACUCUGCAAAAAAGGAAAGUAUAAUACCACUUUUUUUUAGCGGGCAACGAGACCAACGGAAACUACAUCAACCAGGAACAAACAACGAGACCAACAGAAACCACAACAACCAGGAACAAGCAACAAGUCCAACAGAAACUACAGCAACCAGGAACAAGCAACGAGACCAACGGAAACUACGGCAACCAGGAACAAGCAACAAGUCCAACAGAAACUACAGCAACCAAGAACAAGCAACGAGACCAACGGAAACUACGGCAACCAGGAACAAGCAACGAGACCAACGGAAACCACAGCAACAAGCAACAAGACCAACGGAAACUACGGCAACAAGGAACAAGCAACGAGACCAACGGAAACCACAGCAACAAGCAACAAGACCAACGGAAACUACGGCAACAAGGAACAAGCAACGAGACCAACGGAAACCACAGCAACAAGCAACGAGACCAAAGAAAACUACGGCAACCUGAAACAAGCAACAAGACCCAUGGAAGCCACAGCAACCAGGAACAGGCAACAAGCCCUACGGCAACCUGGACCAAGCAACCAGGGCAACAGCAGCAGCAGCAGGGAGCGGGCAGAUGGAAAGUGUUUGUGGUUGAUCCUCUGGUCUCAAUGUGUACAAGUUGUUGGACAGGACAUCUACACUCAGUGGCCACUUUAUUAGGUUCACCUAUACAAUCUAAUGCAAUUAAAUACAACAGCUUAGGUGCAUGUUACAUACGUGAUGGGGCACAAUAUUUCAAACACCUUUGAAUAGCUAAACCUUUGAAACCAACAUACAGAAUUGAACAUAGAAAUGCAGGUGUACUUAAGUGGCCACUGAGUGCAUGCACUGUCGGGAGAGAGUUGAGUGUGCCACUGGACUUUUGUUACCUGUUUGUUUUUCGAUCAAUUAUAAAGUUAGUACAUUUAUAAUGAACACACAUUCCUGUCGCUGUUCUAGGGAUUCGACCUCAUUUAAAGGUUGCAAUCUUUUAAUGGUUUUUCAAAUGUAAAGAGCUGUGGCGUAAGUUACCAAAUGCUGAGUCAACGUUAGCUGAGCUAAAUUUGAAAACAACGAAGGGUUUGUUUGUGUGAUAUAAUGGCUUUCAGUCCCCCUUGGAAAGGGCUGUGUGGCACAAUGCUUUAACUACAUUCAAUUGAUCUUUAAAUGAAAAAUAUCAAUUCACAAAAGAAGGGAAACAAUAAAAUGUUACAUGGAAAAUAGCAAAAGGUUUGUGAAGCAUCUUUGAACUUGAUGUUAUUUUGAAAUGGCACACUUCCAUUCAAUCACAUUCAGAUUGGUUUGUUGAGUUCCACUAAUCGUUUAUUCGCUCUCACUAAACUCAGCACCAUCUUUUAGGAUCAAUGUGAAUGCGUCCGGAUGCCUAUUGAUCAAUCACAGAACUGAUCUUUUCAGUUUUAACUAGAACGGGCACUCGGUAGAGCGCAUACCUUCGCAUAUCACAAGAUUGGGCAUUGAAUUAUGAACAUUUUGGCAUUAGUUGCAUGCCAAUUGGAUAAAAAUUGACCGUGCUAUGGUAAAAAGAAGAUUUUGACCUUUCCAUGACCUUGACCUUUGACCCGAUUGAUCCCAAAAUCUAAACAAAUGGCCCCCAGAUAAUAAGCAAUCAUCCCACCAAAUUUCAUGCGAUUCAAGAAUAUUUUGACCUUUUCAUAACCUUUGACCCGAUCGAUCCCAAAAUCUAAUCAAAUGGCCCCUGGAUAAUAACCAAUCAUCCCACCAAAUUUCAUGCAAUUCGGUUUAAAACUUAUUUUGUUUUGCGAAUAACACGCAUACAAAUAAAUAAAUAAAUACACGGCGAUGCGAAGGUAAUAAUAAUGUCUUGAGGUUGAUUAGGUCAUGUGACACACAGCGUCACGUUUUGAGGGGAAGUGAAUAAGAGCAUGUUAAAUCCCUGACUGAGACACACUGUUUAAUGGAUGUGAUGCAGGGGAGGUGGAAAGGGUACAGUCACAUUAUACUUCCCACCUAUGAAUACUCGCUCUAAACUAUUUCUAUUCCUGUUCAAGCCGUCUCCGGCAGUUCGGAGUCCACCUUUUGUCCAUCUUUGAUUGUUCGGCCAGCCAAUAAAAACAGCGAUGCAUAUGGAGACGUUAUUAUUCUAGUGUCGGACAUCACAUCCCCCACACCACAAACUCGACAUUCAUAACCGGUAUAGAGCCGUACCGUCAUGUCAGAAGACUAACGUGACCGUACCUCAACAUUAUGAUAUCUAUCAUGUUAUUGAUGCUGCUUGCAAUGAAUUAUUAUUGGCAUGCGUUGAGUAAAUAUGCAAACAUGGCACCUUCUCCAACAAUUUACUAAGCUUGCCGUGUCUUUGUGCAAGAGUCAUUCCAGGAACUACGAUAAUGAUCUCCUUUGGAGUAAAAAGUGCAACAACCCUUCCACAUCUCUGCACAAGGGGAGUGUGGGUAGUCCGAGGAUCGAGCUCUGAGAACUCUGACGUGGGGAAGAAACCAAGAUUCAUAAUAAAAACCAGAAAGGUGACUUCGUAGUGGUGAAAAAGGCCUCACAGUCUGGAAUGGCUGCUGUCUGAACACAGGCUCUGAUAAACAGAGCGCGCUCUCUAGUCACACAGCAACACACCAAACACUACACUUCUUUUAUCAGUAAACUAUACUCCGAUAUGUUGAACUCUGAUCUCUUCACAACUGUUUGAACCAAUAAAAAAUGAAUUUUAAA